UGGAAUUGAAAUCGAGGCCACCGCCGUUGUUUGAAAAGUGCUCUGUGGCUUGAUCGUGAUAAAUGAUUAGUUGAUUCCAGUUGGAUGAUUCAACAAGAAAGAGUAUGGAUUCAGGCAGAGCAGGUGCUCUGGUGGAGUGGGUAAACUCCAUAGAUGGUGCUCCAUGCAUAGAAUCACUCAGUCAGCUGAAUGAUGGAACUUUGUUUAUCAAAUUGUUGGAAAUAAUAGUUCCUGACACCAUACCAGCAGGGCUCGAGUUGAAUUCUGUUGAAGAGAGGCUUGAGUUUCUGAACAAAAUCAUCUCAGAUGUUAACAAUACAAAAGUAGAGGAGAAGGUGAACUUCAGGGCAAUUAUUGACCAGGCAGAUGAGUUUGAAAUUGGCAAAGUUGUGAUGCUACUACUGUACAUAGCCAUGGUAUUUGGCAACAACCAAGCCAGCUUCAUCCAGUCUGCCAUGAAGCUGAACACCACCACCCAGGCUGCACUUAAGGACAUGUUGGAGGUUUUCAUGGAGUCCUCUGACCACAAAAUACCACCAAACUUUGCUGAUAUAUUAAAGUGCAGUGUAACCUUGCCAGCACCUAGCAGACGCGUCUCGUCUCGUCUGGAUGACGUGUUUGUGUCCGCGCCUGUAUCAUCUGUCUCGAGGGGGAAGGGACGGGAACUGCGAAGGUCCUCCUCCUGUUGUAGUCUGCUUAGCUCUCGAGCCAGCAUCAACUCUUCCAUGGUGGUGUCCCCUAGCCCUCUGGCCAGGGCCAUCAGCAUGACAUCACUGAAGGGGGCCUAUUCUCCAUACCUGAGCCAUGUGUACUCCAGUUCUCCACAGUCCCCUCUCAAGGCUCUGGUGGACUCGCCCCAACUGGCACACAAGAUGGCUGCUAUUGAUAGGGAGAAGCUGAAAAAGCAGGAGAGACUUCUUAGACAAAAAGAACAGGAAAUUAAGCGAUUGGAAAGCCUCUUGAACUCAGAAAUUCAUUUGAAGUCUGAACUGCAAAGGGAUUUACAAGAGAAGAACAAAGAAAUUGUGCUGUUUGAGGCAAAAUGCAAAGAAGUGGCCAGACUGCAACACCAGCUUGUCUUGGCGCAAGAUGACUUGGAUCACAUGAAUGCACUGAGGGAAGAGGCAAAAAAGACUGAGAACGAAUUUGCACGGUUGAAAAUGCAACUGAGUGCACAGAAUGAUCUGAAAGAGAGAAACAAGAAGCUGGAAGCAGAGACAACAGAGCUGUAUGCAGAGCGGGCUUCUUUGAAUGAGGAGCUCAAGCGAUGUCAGAGCCUCCUUACCACCACGCAAAACCAAAAAGAGGCUCUGCUCAAGACCGAGGCCCAGAUGGGGGGCACCCUUGAGGCCCAGAAGCAGGAGUUGCUCUCCUACCAGCGCCUGUAUAAUGACACAAAGGUUCAGUUGACGGAGGUCCAGGGGCUCUACCAGGAGGCCACGCUGGAGCUGAAGGUGGCCAGGGAAAACAUGCAGAAUGCACAAACAUUUUCUGAAGGUGAAUGCAUGACCAUAUUCACAGAGAAGAGAGUCAUGGAGUUACAGGAGGAGCUGGCCAGCUGGAAAUCACAGGUUGCUGGACUGAGGACAGAAGUAGAGGCUAAAGAGCAACAGCUGAAAGAGGCAGAAAUUGAAGCGGGCAGAAAGCAGUCAGACAUUGAGCUCCUAAGGCAGGAGGAAGGUCAGCGCCAGCAGGAAAUUGCCAGUCUGUACCAGAGCCUGAAUACGUUGAAAGCCAGUCAGGCCAAGGGCGAGGCAGAAAUCAGGAAACUGCAGCAUGGGCUGGAGUUGAAGACACAACAGGCGGAGGAUACAGAACUGCGUGCCAGCCAACACGUCCGCGAGAUGGGAGAGAGGUGUGCUGAGGAGAUACUGGAGGCCAAACAAAGUCACGAGCAGAAAGUGGGUCAGUUGCAGAAAGAGAUUGAAUCCCUGAAGUCUGAGUGCUCCAAAGCAAAUGGCCAGAUCAGGCAAUUGGAGGGAAAGCUUCAGAUUAAUGAAAAGCAGAUGACAUACACUGAGGAACAGGCGAGCCACAGAGUUACGGAGAUUGAGGAGAAAUACGUGUCUCAGUUGAAAGAGGAGCAGGAGAGUUACCAGCGUAGAAUGUCACAGCUGUACCAGGACAUCGAGGCUCUGAAAACUAAACUGACCAAGGCGGAAAAUGACAACAGUCAGCUAAAGGAGACAUUGGGUGCCAAAACUGAGGAAAUGGAAACAGCUGAAAAGCUUUCUUCUGAGAGGUUGGCUAAACUGGAAAAAGACUACAGCGGCAAGUGUCAGCAGCUGGAUGCUGAACAGCAAGCAGCAAGUGAGAUACUUGCUGAACUGAGAGAGAAAUACAGUGCCAAAUGCCAAGAGAUGGAGGAAGCUGAAACACAGGCCUCUGAGAAGUUGUCUGCUAUGGAAAAGCAGUGCAGUAAGAAGUGUCAGGAACUUGAGACAGAACUGAAGCAGGCCAUGGAGAAAAGGGGUGAGAUUGAGAAGCAACACAAAUCCGAGUUAGCUGCAGAGAGGCUGGCACACCAGAAGACCGUCGCACAGCUGGAAUCACAUCUUGAGUCUCAGAAGACAUCUUGCUUCUCUUUGGAUGAGACAGUUGCCCAGUUGAAAGAAGAGCUGGUGAGAUCACGCCAGCUGGUUGUAGAGAACAGUGAGAAGUAUGAAGCGCAGCUUAGUCAAGAGAGGGAAGAGCACUCUGCACAAGUGUCAGUACUGAGGCAGCUGAUUGAAGAGGCCAACUCCAACCACGAUCAGGCUAAAGCACAGGUGACCCUCUUGCAAAGUGAAUUAGAAAAGAAAGUGCAGGAAAUGGAAGCUGCUGAACUCUGCUACAAAGAAAAAGUGGAUACUCUUAAGAAAGAACGCGAUGAACAGAUUCAGAAUCAGAAUGACAUCCACAUGAAGGAAAUGGAGACAGUUAAAAAAGAAAUGGAGACUUUGAAGGAACAGUCUGAGGCUGCAGUGUUCAAAGUACAGGGGUUGUUGGACAGUAAAACACAGGAGUUGGAAAAUGUCCAGAAACAAGGUCUUGUGAAACAGCACCUAAUGGACUCAGAGAUGGAAAAUGUGAAACAGCAGUUGGAGAGUGAGAUUGCCCAGCUCAAAGAACAACUGGAGAUUGGGUCCCGGAACAUGAGUGAUCUAAAACAGCAAGAUGAUCUAAAACUGCAGAAGUUAGAAGCAGAAUUGGAUGCUUUGAAGCAGGAAUCAGAAAGGGAGACUGCAAGGUUGGGGAAUUUACUGACCAGCAAAACUCAAGAAAUGGAAAAACUCAGACAAGAGUUAGAGUCUCAAGUUCAGAGGUUGAAACAAGAACUCUGUGACUUGGAGGAAAAGCAUGCUGACAGAAUGAAAUUGGAAAAUGAAAACUACCAGCAAGCAAGCAGACAACUUGAAGAAGUGGAGACCAUGAAGACCUCAGCAGAGGCAAAAAUCUCUCAAUUACAGAGUGAUCUGGACAAUAAAACGCAACUACUUCGUGAGACAAAGACUGAAUUGGGUGCCAAGAUGGCUGAGAUGGAAGGCAGCUAUCUUACUCAGAUUAGUAGUCUGCAAACCAGUCAUGAGGAGAGCAGGGCACAGCUCAGUGCAGAACUGACUGCUGCCAGAGAAACCAUCUCAAGUUCAAAGCUGCAAAUCACUCAGCUUCAAAAUGCUUUGGACUCUAAGACCCAGCUCAUAAAAGAGAUGGAGAACAAGUCCAGCGAAAGGGUGGCAUACACGGAGGAGAAAUACAUCGCCCAGCUAUCCAGGCUGGAGACUGACUUUGAAAAGCUCAAAGAUCGCUACGAUCAGUCCCUGGAGCAGAUCAAAACCCAGCAGGCCAGUUUAGAGGCCAGGGGUCAGCUGGUGAAGGAGACAGAACUGAGGGCCAAUCAGAGGCUGUGUGACAUGGAGCAGGAGUAUGAGGACCUCUUGAAGAAGGAGAGGGAACGUCAGCAACAGAGAGUCCAGGAACUAGAACAUGAGAUUGAGAUGCUCAAAGCAGACUAUGCUAAAGCACAGGAUGAAUUCCUAAAUGAAGCUGAUUCUAAAGUGAUGAAGUAUGAAGAGGAAAUACAGACUGCCAAGAAACAGGUGCAGUUUAUGGAAAGUGAGAUUUCACUGGCCCAGGCAAAGUGUAAAAAUAUGGAGAAAGAAAACAUGAAUCUCAUGGAAAAAAUGCGCAAGACAGCAGCAGACCACCAGAGGCAGCUAUCACAGGCCUCGGCCAUGAACAAGUCCCUGAGAUCACAGUUGGAAGACCUGGAAAGAGAGAGGUCUGGAGCAGCAGAACGACUGAGCAGUGAGCAACAAGGACACCGUGCUGAGGUAGAAAAGCUGAAGAAGCAGCUGACUUCAACUCAGAGGGAGAGAGAGGAGGAAGGAGUAAUAAACAAAAGACUUGCCAAGCAGAUAAACUCUCUGGAAGCCCAGAUAGAGCAUGCCAACAGGCAAAUCAGAGAACUAAAAGAAAAAGAGGAGAAAAGAGUGUUUGCCACUCCCAGAUACACCCCUCAUUUCCCUGCUGCAGCCAAAAGUCUAUCUAAAAAAGAAACAACAUUUGAUGGCAGUAUGGAAUAUCUUGAUGACUCUCUGGAGGAGAAGAAGCCAAUGUCAGUGAAUGAGCGGAGGAGUACGUCAAGUGACGAGGACAUCAGAAAUAGUGCCCACGAUGCCAGCUUUUCCUCAGUGGGGGAUGGGUUUGCACACCCUAUGACUCUGAGGAGUCACCAUCCCGCCAAGAGACUCAGCGUGUCCAGCACAACCAGCUCCAGUUUCGAACCGACACGGUCCGCUGGCGUGCCUCGUGGCGCUGGUAACCUAUUUGCGUGUGAAGAAGAGCCAGACAUGGAUUUUAACUGGGACAGCCUUAGUGAACUCCAGAGGAGGAACACACUGUGUCUGCCCCACCUUAGAUCUGCGUAUCCCCUCAUUACACAGCCCCAGGACAUCAGCGAAGACAUGAUGAGGUCUGGACGAGCUUCCAAUAUCAACAGUGAGAAUCUACAGGGUAGCCUAGGAGGAAUGUCCACUAGAAGUGGUAAAAAGAGGCAGUCUGGAGAACAUGAUGCCGGGGAAGACAGAAAGAAAUCAAAGACGGCUAAGCCAUCUACCCCAGGGACCCCCAACACUGGGAAGAGGACACCACGCAGUGGACGAAAGUCAAGGACUCCAAAAAUAAGCCGAAACUGUCAAGAGAACAAGUCUCAGAAGCUAAAGAGACAAACUGGAGCUAUAGCUUUUAACAUAGGAUUUUCCCCAAAGGUGUCUGAUAGAAAGAAAGGAAAGAUUGGCUCCUCCAGAACUACGCCCACCAGUCAGAUCAAUCAGGUAAAGCAAUUGAUCACAAUGUUCGAAAAGAUUAACCCCAGUUGUGAUGACAAUCAGGCUAUUAACCCUGCUUUGCUAGCUGUUAGUGGUAGAAAUCUAACCAGUAGUCGCAUCCUAACCAGUAGAACAGGGAGCAGUAGCAUGCUUUAUGAUGACCACCCGACUGAUUAUGUGGACAGUGCAAAGAAAAAAGGGCGCUCUCGCAGCUUGCCUUACAAAAGGAGAAAGAAGAAAUGGGGGCCGGUUAUCCCCAUUGAAUUAGACCAGGAGAUGGAAGAUCAGCAUGAUGAUGGAGCCAUGGUGCAGGAAAAAAUAAGACAAAAAUCUGGAAGAAGUGAAAAGACGAGGGGAAAUGUUCAGGUGAAAUCAAAGCAGUCGGGGCCCACUGUUACUGUGGGAGAGUCUAAUGCUGAGAUAGGGCCCCAGGAAAUGACACUGAAUGAGUUUGGAAACAUUGCCAGUUGUUCCAGGAAGCCAAGCACAGAAGACAAGAACACAAUGACUGAGGGGGUGCAGCCCCAGCCAGAGAAGAAAAGGAAAGUUGGGGUGGUACGCCCAAGUCCUCCAGCCCAAGAUGCAAUUGGUAACAUCACUGAUACCAGGAGCAGGCCUGGUCCUGUCACUGACAUGAUCACAAGAACUAGUGACACUAGGCAUCAGCAGGCUGAUAUCGUGAGCAACAGCACAUACAGCCUUGCCAAUCUGUUCCGAUCUAAUUACAGGGAAAACAGGCCCAUCUCAAGGUUUGGUAGAGCUAGGUCUUCCAGGAGAGCUGAACAGAGUGAGGGGCAGAACUAACUCAGUAACUGGCAAUGUUUGGUGUUUGAGAUUCAAUCUAGUUCAUAGGGCUUACUCCUCGGAUUGUUUAUUCAGCUUUGAAUAAAAGGAUUCUUCCGUCUCUUUGGUCCUGUGAGGCAAUUUACCACUUUUGUUGUUUGUAUUAAGAUUUUAUAUUUUAAUUAUAUUUUUUGAUAGCAAAGUCCUUUAUUUUUCGUUUAUCACUUUAUGUUAUUUUGUAUGAAAGUCAAGCUGUGAUAUAGAUGUACACUUUACACAUUAACAUUUUCCUUGCUGUUUCUGAUUUAUAUUUUUGGGUUUCUUCAUCUGUCCUUUGACAUGCCCUGUAAUUUUAACAUUGGAAAGUCACUUAAGUAUAAUUUGGACCAGAAUAAAAAAAGCUUUCUUCUGGUCAGUAGGAUUGUUUACCCAUUUGAGUGUCACCAUUUCUGAAAAGAUGCCUGCUUUCUAACAAUUGUUAAGAGACCAGUGGCUUGUAACUAAGUAUACUAAUAGCAGUAGUUUGUUGCAAGAGUUAUGCAUAAUGGUUUGUGUGUUAAAAUUGAAAGCUUGAGCUUUGUAUCAUAACAGAGGGGUUCGUUAGCUGGUAGUAAUAGC